AUGCAAGGAGCGAAGAUCUCUCCCAUUCAAAUCCUCCAAAUUCUAUACGUCCAUUUCCGAGCCGCCCUCCAAGCCCGAAUGCAUCCAGUACAUCAGGAGCUCCUACCGCAACGUCCAAAUCCAAAUCAGCUUCCGGACAUUCAGAAGCGGGAGGAGGGUCGGGAGGGCAGUCAUCAAAUAACAAUCACCAGUUGGCGACCACCAUGCGGAAAACCGAUGCAGGGCCCAUUUGUGAGAGCAUUGCAGACGGUAUUCCAUCUUAAUUGCUUCAAAUGUCUUGACUGCGGAGAUGUCGUUGCCUCCAAAUUCUUCCCGAUAGAUGGACCGGAUGGAAAACAGUCCCCUCUCUGUGAACGCGAUUAUUUCAAGCGGUUAAAUCUGAUAUGUGCAAAGUGUGGAAUGGCCCUCCGGGGCAGCUAUAUCACGGCUUGCAACAAGAAGUUUCAUGUGGAACACUUUACCUGCUCGCUCUGCUCUACCCUCUUCGGCCCUCAGGAUUCAUACUAUGAACACGACAACGAUGUUUAUUGUCAUUUUCACUAUUCGACCCGAUUUGCCACCAAGUGCGCCGGAUGCAACAGCGCCAUUCUCAAACAGUUUGUGGAGAUCAAUCGGAAUUCGAGGGACGAAUGUUGGCAUCCAGAGUGUUAUAUGAUCAACAAGUUCUGGAAUGUCAAAGUAGCUUCGCGGAGACCAACAAGCAUUACAUCAGAAGAAGGCGGUGACCCACCAGAACCCCUCUAUCUCGAGGAAGAGGCGCGCGAAACUCCUGCAUCGCUUAGAGAAAAGCAGACACGAAUGGAGCAACAGGUUUAUCGGAUAUGGACAGUCAAGUGCAGCCUGUAUAUCCGAUAUGCUGCGGCAGAAGUUCUCUUCGCCACAAUCGAUGAUCUCGAAUACCAGUUCGCCCUUCUCAACGUCAAAGGCAGCGCAAGGGAGGCCAUGUCUUCGUUCCUCGACAAACUCCAUCUUUUGGCGGUGCAAGGGGCCAAUCCCGCUGCGCGGCGCAUGAUCAGAGGCCCGAAUGGAGAAGUUAUGCAACCCAAUCCGAACCAUGGUAAUUACGGAACUCAAUGCGUCACCUAUGGGUUUAGGAGUCUUGCUCCGGAGAAUGCUGGAGACUCGCCUUUCUCUCUGGUCGCCGCGUCAUCGUCGUCCUCUGGGGGCUCUGGGCCAUCCACCCGGGCCACCAACCCACCAUCGGAUUUGUGUGUCAAAUGUAAUCAAACCGUGGAGGAGGACUGUGUCAGGUUAGGGACGUACCAGCGAUGGCAUUCGAAUUGCGUUCAAUGCGCACAGUGCGGAAAGGUUGCUGCGGUGCCUGUCCCGAAGGAGAUACAGGCUCCCAACCCUUCGUCAUCUAAAAGCGGAGACGAGAAAGAAGGGGCCGGAUCGAAUUCCCUCCAACCCCAGCAGCAGCAACAACCUUCAUCAUCGUCUUCUUCGUCGAAACCCUCUACCCAACGUCGACCACCAGCGAACGUUCACCAGUUCGUCUAUGACCCUGCAAGCAUGAAGGAAACACCUUCAUUCGGCGAAGUCCCAACAGUGAUCCUGUGUACGGAACAUGCCCACCCAGGGUGCAAAUCGGGAUUUCAGGCUGUACAGCGUUUGGAGCAGUAUGCAUUCUUGUUGAAUGUAGCCCUCCGGCGGUUGUAUCUCCUAUUGAAGAAGCAGGGUGUCGUGCCAGCGUCACCUGCCACUACGACCUUCGAUCAACAGCAGGUGCAACCCCCAGGCCAACAAGGAGGCCAGCAGGCAGGACAGGGUCGAGACUUGUACACAUAUUAUUUGGAUCGCAAGUUAUCCGCCACGGCGAGGUUACCCAAGAGAUCGACAGUUGUGGAGAGUCCAACGGGGAAGACACCGGAUUCAGCGGAGAGUCAGAGGUAUUACCAAGAUGGUACACCCGGGCAGCAAGCACCGUCCUCAGCUGCGCCUACUUCGUCUGGCUAUUCAAGUCCAGGUCCUUCAUCGACAUCAUACCCUUCUACUCCGUACCGCCCGCCAUUACCAUCUCAGCAACAGGCUGCACAGGUGCAACAAUUCCAACAGCAGCAACAGCAGCAACAGCAACAGCAAAUGACGCCUCGUGCGCAUCCGGGCAAGCUACUGGAUCCAAGAGGCGCUGGAAUGGAUCAGGGCCAGAGAUCGGGGUACGACAGCAUGCCCAGUUCACCUGCUGGCGGUCCUGGAGACUACAGCCACAGUCAUGACUCCUACCAAUCCUACCCCCACACACAAUCCUCAACAUCGUCAUACCACUCGCAAUCGCAGACACCCUCUUCGCACCCUCAGUACUCUCCAUACCCGCACUCUCAGCACUCACAAUACCCCUCCCCACCGUCCCAUACCUCAUAUCAACACUCCAACCAUCAACGUCACCAGAAGUCAUUAGAUGAUGGUAUUACCCUCGCCGAUAUCCCACAACUCAUGGAAGAAGCGCAAGCACGCGAGCAACACCGCUCCCUUCCACGCGAAAGCUCUACACCCUUCAUCGCCGAACUCUCCCCUCUCGAGCUCGCCAUCGUCAAACACUUUGCGGUCCUCCAGCUCUCUCGCAGUCCGUUAAAAGAUACCUUUGAUCUGGAUGAGAUUUUGGAGAUGGUAGAGAUGAAGAAGAGUGGGUUUUGGAACAAGUUGUUUAAUAAGGGGGAUAGUAAGAAGGCGUUGAAGAAGAAGGGUGUGUUUGGGGUGCCGUUGGAGUUGCUUGUCGAGAGGGAGGGUGCGGAUUCGAUGUUGGGUGCUAGUAGGGGUGUGACGAUGAGGGUGCCGAGUUUUGUGGAUGAUGUUAUUUCUGCGAUGCGGACGAUGGAGGGUAUCUUCAGGAAGAACGGCAACAUCCGUCGGUUGAAUGACCUGAAGGAUGCGAUUGACAGGGAUCCUGCAUCCGUCGAUCUCACACAAGACAAUCCCGUUCAAUUGGCCGCUCUCCUCAAGAAGUUCCUGCGAGAUCUCCCCGACCCUCUGUUAACCUUCAAACUGCACCGGUUAUUUAUUGCAUCUCAAAGUCAGAACCUACCGUCAGACGAAGAUCGCAAGCGCUACCUGCACCUCAUUUCGUUACUUUUGCCCAGGAGUCACCGAGAUACCAUGGAAGUGCUGUUCGUGUUCUUGAAAUGGGUCGCUUCCUUUGCACACAUGGACGUCGAAGUGGGCAGCAAGAUGGACCUGCCUAACCUUGCUACCGUUAUCUGUCCCAGUAUUCUCUAUGCUCGUGGACGGGACGCCCUUCGAGACGAAACGUUUGGCGCGCUCAAAGUCGUGACGGCUCUUCUCGAGAAUCAAGACGAGUUCUUCCUUGUUCCCGAGGAGUUCCUUCCAGUGCUACAGGACCAGGAGUACUUUGCCAAUGCGAUGGAGCUGCCAUCGAAGGAGUUCUUGAAGAAGUGUGACGCGUAUAUGCGCAUCAAGGGAGGAGGAAGACCAACACCUGGGACGCCAUUCAACGGGCCGAGUGGAGGCAGUAAUGGUCAACCGAGGUAUCAGCAGCCCCUGAACUCACCGACGAUGGAAAGGCCACCACCGAUUGGCAUGUCUGCCUCUGAGCGAUCUGGGAGGCCGAGUCCCAAUCUGUCGCAACACGGACACGAUUCCAACCACCAGAAUCCGAACCCGAACGACUACUACCAGCAGCAGCCGCAACAACAACACCAACAGCAGCACCAGCACCAACAACAUCAGCAGCACCCGCAACACCAACAGCAGCAGCAGCCACCCUCCCACUCACCGUCAAUACCACACGCCAACAUGCAAAAUCUGCAGUCUAUGUCACGGCAGCCACCGAUGGGUGUGGGGAAUGGUGGGGAGCAGUGGAAUCCGAAUGUGCAGCAGCUACAACCGUCGCAGCUGAGCAUCGCUGCACCUCGACCGAUAGCAGGCAACAACCAUAGCAUGAAUUCGUCUAGACCGUCUUCGGUUGCAGGGAACAGGACGCCAAACGCACACGAUGGACGACCACCGCUGGAUAACCAAGGUUCCUUCUACGGGUCACCCAAUGGCUACGCCUCUCCCAUCCGCCAACGAACAUGA